GCAUCUUCUCAUCCUGAGUUGAAGAGCUCCUAUAACCCUGGCUUCGCAGGUCAAUCACAAUAGCAGCAAUGCCGGGCGAGCUCCCUGACUUGAAAAUGCUGGCACUCUUCGGAUGUGGAGCUGUCCUCCUCAGGGGAGCUGGUUGCACAGUGAAUGAUCUGCUCGAUCGCGACAUUGAUAACAAGGUUGAGCGCACCAAAAGCAGGCCUUUCGCAUCAGGUGUUCUAACUUCUUCUCAGGGAGUGUGCUUCCUAGGAUGUCAGCUACUGCUAGGAUUGGGCAUUCUUCUCCAACUGAACAAUUUUAGCCGUGUUCUUGGUGCAUCUUCUCUUCUUUUGGUGUUUUCUUAUCCCAUGAUGAAGAGGUUCACAUUUUGGCCUCAGGCAUAUCUUGGCUUGACCUUCAACUGGGGGGCUUUGUUAGGAUGGGCUGCUAUCAAAGAGAGCCUAGAUCCUGCAGUUGUCCUUCCUCUGUAUACUGCUGGUAUAUGCUGGACAUUGGUAUACGAUACCAUAUAUGCACAUCAGGACAAACAAGAUGACCUCAAAGUAGGUGUUAAGUCCACAGCAUUAAGGUUUGGAGAUUCAACCAAGCAAUGGAUCAGUGCCUUUGGCGCUGCAUCAAUUGGUGGCUUAGCACUCAGUGGCUUCAAUGCUGAACUUGGUUGGCCCUACUACCCUCUUCUGACAGCCGCAGCUCCACAGUUGGCAUGGCAGAUUUCAACUGUUGACUUAUCUGACCGCGUGGAUUGCAACAGAAAAUUUGUAUCAAACAAGUGGUUUGGAGCACUGGUAUUUAGUGGAGUUUUGUUUGGGCGACUUGCAUCAUGAUAGAUACAAUCAGGCGUCAUGCGCCACUAUGUUCUUUUCUAUAGAAUUUUGAUAGUUCUGGUAGAAGCGGUACAUUGUUUGUGACUAGUACGAGAAAGGGCAAACAGAUUGUUUUAACCGUGUGAUGCACUAUAGGCAGUGUACUGCAGAUGAAAUUCUGAAGCUGCUGUUCGUGGAAGUAACCUCCAGGAUUUCAAGCUGACUGGGAACAUAUUGAUACAAGGCGCCACGAUGGGCAAGGAACUGAGAGGACGAAGAAGGCCGCCGCUGGGAGAUCCUAGCUGAGGUGUAGGCGGCUGACAUACUGGUACAAAUUGCGUCAAGUUCUAAGACAGAAAUGCAUGGGAAACAGCCAGUUUGGAACUCUGAUCUCCUGACCCUUGUCUGCUCUGUCGCUGUGGCAUCGAGAAUAGCCAAUUGUAGCCAGAAGAAUGCUCUAGCUCCAGCAACAUGUAAUCAAGAAAGAGGCAGCCUUACUUGGUCUGGCACAUCUUUAUUCUCGAUGCCCUGUCUGGUCCUUUAUCCUAUCAGUAAAUUCAAAUAAAACAAAAAUGUGACGAAGCACAGAAAAUUAAGUUUUUGAGGACUAGCUGUUUGGUUAUGUUAUAUAAGAUUUGGGACUCACUGUAAUUAAAUUUUACUGUUGGGUUUUCCUAGAUUCUUUGAUUUGACUCAGGAGUUA